GUCACCCAGGCACCCGGCAGCGAGCUCAACCCCCACCACGACCUCCAGCUGCCAGCCCCUCCUUGGGCACCCUUGAGCCUAAUCGACCGCCAACGCCGGCCGGACCGCACCACCAAACCACCGCACCACCGCACCACCGCAUCGGGGCGUCGCCGUCAUGGGAUCUAACAUCAACCCAGAUGAGAUCCAAGAAUUUAUCCGGCGCCUGAGCCGCAGCGACCUUCCGUAUUCUGACUGGCGCCGUUGGCCGCGCCAGCUGCCGCCGUCGCAGUACCGCGAUGUGCUGUCCCGUUCCGACUAUUCGGACGGCGGCUCGCUCGCAUCCGAGUACGCAACGGGGUCGAUCGCGGGGUCGGAAGCGUCCACCGUAAGGUCCGCCGCUCCGCCCUCCAUAUUCAGCAGCCAAGUCGACGACCGGAGUUCGGUGGGGCAGAGUUCGGCGCCGUCGGUCGGCGUCCCGCAGAUGACGUUCACCCAGCAGUUCGCCAACCCAACCGUCCCUGCCGCACGGCAGGACCGCCAGAUCCUGUGGUGCGAGUUCUGCGAGCUCAAGGGCUGUAACGCGACCUUCCUGCUCGACGACGAAGCGGCCUGGAUUCAGCAUCACGCCCAGCACCUGCAGGACCGGUUCCCCCGGCGCCUCAUGUGCUGGUUCUGCGACCACGUCCCCUUCGUUGCCGCCCACCCUUCGCAUCGCUCCCACAACUUUGUGCUGCGCAUGCAGCACAUCCGAGAGCACAUCUUCAGCGACGACCGCCUGACGAGCGAGGACAUGCGGCCCGACUUCCAUAUCGUCAAGCACCUGUAUGAGCACGGCCUGCUGGACGACGCCAUGUUCAAGCAUGCCAUGGCGUAUGACGAGACCCCAGAGGUGUACCGGCUGUCGGACGACGGACCAACCAGCAGAGCUAUGGGCCAGUUCCACGACCUAGAGAAGGAAAGGCGCGAGCUCAAAAAGCGGCGCAAACAGGAGGCGAAACAGGCCGCAAGAAGCGGCGGGAAAUAAUUGAGGCGUCGAAACACACGCACCUGCUGGCUUGGGCGAUGAUCCCUCGCGAACGCAUCACAUCAUCGUUGCGUUGCGCUGUCAAAGUCCGUUCUGGAAUAUCUGUCCAAUUGAAAGGGAUAGUAUGGAUGAGAUGAGGAGGAGGAGGAGCGUGGUGAGGCAAGAACGCGGUGAAUGGGUGCAGCCCAGUCGAGACACGCUCAGGUCGAAGCGCGUUCAUUGCAACACAACAACGCGUCUGACGACCAGGCGGCAGCGUUGCCCCACCAACGCCC